AUGGGGUUGGGGGCGGAUCCGGACGACGACGGCGAGAACCCGGACGUGUGGCAGCUCUUCCGGCACUACGAUAAGCUCUACUUCCGCGGCGUGCUCGUCGACGCCGGCUUCUCCGUCGAGUGGAGCCAGCCGCGAAUGAAGACCAUCAGUUCUUUCGGAUCAUGUUCCUUUGGAGAGAGCAAUACAAUAACUCUCUAUGAGCCAAUUCUGAAAUAUCGCACAAAUGCUGAUCUGAAGAACGCCCUUCUGCAUCUGAUGAUUCAUGCAUUCUUAUCUGUGAAGUGUGAUGCUAAGGGCAUCUGGGGCCAUGGUCCUGCUUUCCGUGGUUGGAUGCAUGCUCUCAACACUUGCUCCAUUGAUGAUCGCAUGAGACCAACUUGUGGCUACUGUAUUACCACCACCCAUGAUUUCAGUCCGGAGAAAUGUGGCAGUAUGCAGGGUUUUUGGUGGAAGUGUGAAUCUUGUGGGGUUACACUUUUGAGGGCCAAGAAGCUGGGGCCUCCAUCUGAUUCCUGCUGUAUUGAGAAUGUUAGCCAAGAUGCAACAUGUGGCAACAUGCUUUGCAACUGGCACAACCACAAGGUGGACUGUGGUGGUACAUAUGUGGUGACCAAAUCACCAGAGACACCAGGUCAACAGAUGGUUCAAAAAGGUAGGCGGGGGUUUCUGACCGAAAUGUCCGAAAUGUUGAGGUCACAAGGAGCUACACAAGAAUCAGAUUCAGAUGAAGUUCAGGAGAAUUUGACUGUGGCAAAACUAAAGGCAGAAGGCAAGCUUCUCUCUCAAGUGGGCGGCAGGAACGCAAGAUCACCAGGUAGUAGCUCCUCAAAGAAGGCAAGCAAGAGUAAUAUGCCUGAAGACUUUCAGAAACCGAUUGUUUUGCCUGCAACCCCUCGGAGAAAAUUUGUUCAGCAAAUUCCUGAAUACUCUCAGAGAACAUUUGUUCAGCCAGCUGUUUCUCAAAGUAAACUGAAGCAAUCAAGCCGUGCUGCGCCGGAGAGGCCAAAGACGAGAAGCAAAACUAGUAAUCCUGCUAGGAAAAAGGAGUAUGCUUGCGUGAGUGUGUGGGCAAACAUCUAUGAAUCGGAAUGCUCAAGUGGAUCAGCCGAGCCGCUUGUAAACAAAAGAACAGAGCGAAGGAAACGAGAAAGAGAACGCGCAGUUCAGAUAACCUAUUCGCGGUCAAGGAAGCGAAUUGCCAGUGGAAUCAGCUCCAUCAAGGCACAACCUGCUGAAGAAGAAAUCUCAUCUCAACAAACCAAGUCACCACCUCAAUCUCAAUGCUUGAAGUUCAUUCUUAUCAAUGCUGCUAACAAGGUGGUGACUCAAGACCCUGGAGAUCAGUUCAAGGCACCAGCUCCCCGCAAGGGCAUCGUUAUUGCCCCUCCUGCAGACCAGGUGACGACUCAAACCCCUAAAGGUCGGUCCCAGCCACAAGUUCAACGCAUGGACAUUGUCACCCCUCCUGCGGACCUGGCAAUGACUCAAACCCACGGAGAUCUGUCUGUUCCAUCUAGGCGCAUGGACAUUGCUGCUGUCCCUCCUGCUGACAAGGUGAUGACUCGAGCCCCUGCCGAUCAGUCACAGCUACCAGCCCCGUGCUCCAUCGCCAAUGAUCAGGUGGUUCCACCUCGUUCAGCUGGUCCACUCAGUUUAACUCCUUCAAAUCCAAGCAGUAGCCCUGACGUGAUAGACAUUUCUGAUGAUGACUGAACUUUUCCAUCACUUUAUACUCUGCUUACUCUGGACUGGCUGUGUAUUCAGCCAGUUCUCGGGGUGUUAAAACAGUAGAUCAUAGCAUUCUGGGGGGUGGUAUAUUCAGAGGUUUUGUUAGUGCUUACUGUAGAGAAGUAGUGGUAGCUUGCAACUGUCGCUUUAGCAUGAAAUUUGUAAACAUCAUGGAGGUAGCAUGACCGAAUUGCUAUGGGCAUACGGCUUUGAUCGUACUGCAAUGUCUUUUUCAGCAAUUUUUAGACACUGGCUUGUUCCAGGUGGACUGAAGCAUGAAUCCUGGGAAA